AUGUCCGACGUCAAGCCUACCAUAGUCUUUGCCCCAGGGGCCUGGCAUACCGCCGACUGCUUCGACACUGUACGAAGUGCUCUCCACGCCCGCGACUGGCCCACCGAAACUGUUGACUACCCAUCUGUCGGCGCUGAACCACCCUCGAAAGGCGUUGCUGAUGAUGUGGCGGUUCUUCGCGCGACUCUGGAGCGUCUUGCUGAAGCAGGCAAAAAGAUCGUGCUUGUUAUGCACUCGUACGGAGGCCUGGUUGGCGCCAAUUCGGUCGAAGGUUUGGGCUUCAAGCAGCGCUCGCAAGAGGGCAAGGAAGGCGGUGUGAUCAUCCUGGUGUAUCUCUCGGCUUUUGUGAUUCCACUUGGAAAAAGCGCUUUGGAUCUACUUGGGGGUAACUACCUGCCAUGGAUGAGAGUCGAGGGGGACUAUGUCUAUGCCGAUACACCUGAAAGCGUCUUUUAUCACGAUAUGGAACCGAAAGACCAGGAGAAAGCGAUAGCAAAGUUGAAGCACCAGUCACGUCGUGUCUAUAUCGAUGUGGCCACAUACGAACCUUGGCACGACAUCGAGUGUUUCUAUUUCUUCUGCGACGAUGAUCAGGCUAUACCGUUGCCUGUGCAACAAGGCAUGGCCGCCCAACUAGGCCCGGAUGCAGCAAGUUUUCAUUCUCAGGCUUCUCACUCCCCGUUCCUAUCUCGAACUCACGAGGCAGUGGAAGGCCUCGAGUAUGCAGCCAAAGUUGGUCUGGAAAAGACAUCUACCUCCUGA